CUCAAGGGACAGGACCAUGGCGACAUUUCGUUUCAUCCACGCUGAAACGGGAUGGCCGCUGCAUAUUGACGGAUGGGGCGACAAGCUGGCCUCGGUUCGCUAUGGUGACUGCCGUGAUGAUUUCUCUGCGUUUUGGAUCGAGCCGGCGGGUGAAGGACGAGUCUACCUUCGGAAUUUGGCCACAGGUCUGCCCUUACACAUCAAUGGCCUUGGGGACCAGCUGGCCUCCGUGCGCUGCGGGGACUGCACGGAUGAGUACUCCCAGUUCCACUUGCGCGCGGCCGCGACCUCUGAGGAGGGUCUCGUGCUACUGAGUGUGGCGAUGGACCAGCCCCUGCGGAUCGGCGUGGAUCAGAUGGCUUCGACCAUCGAGUCGGUCGAGGCAGAGGAGAGCAUCUUCAGACUGGAGGCUCACGGCAUGGGUCUUCGCAGCUGCCUGCUGUUGGCUUCCGAAGAGCUGACCCCGUUGCACGUGGACGGGCUGGGAGAUCAGCUGGCCUCGCUGCGGUUUGGGCAGCUACAGGAUGAAUAUUGCAAGUUCAAGUUGGAGGCGAGCCCCGAAGGAGGCUUCUUCCUCAUCAACGUGGGUUCUGGCUUCCCGCUGCGCAUUGACUCCAAUGGCCGCGUCUCGGUUUCUGCGCAGGAUUGCCGGGACGCCUUCGCAUGCUUCGCACUGGACCCGGAGCCGUUGGUGCCCGGAAGCUUCCACAUCAAAAGCGUUGGAGCCGGCAAGGCCAUUUGCAUUCAUGAGAAAUUGGCAAUCUUGGAAGACGAUCACACUCGUGCAGCCAGCGCCUUCUGGCUUCCAAUCUGUCGAGAAAGUGUGAAGAGCAGACGGAAGAGCCGACGAAGCGACAUUCCAAGCGGCUACGAGAUGGUAGGUACUGAACCUUUGGGGAGCGGUGGCUUUGGGGUGGUGCAUUGCUGUCGUUGCUUGCUGGAUGGUCGUCUGUGCGCGGUGAAGAGCAUGUACCAGCGGUUUGACAAGAACGAGGCGUUUCUUCGCACCGAGCUGACGAACCUUGCCCGUUUGCCAGCUCAUCCCAAUCUGCUUCGAUACUACACCUGCUUCUUGGAGCACGGCCGCCUGCACAUUGUCACGGAAUUUCUGGAUGCGGUGAAGCUCUACAAGCUCAUCAGAAACUCCAAGGAGUCACCCAGCCCUGCGGAGUGUGUCUCAUGCUGGUUCCUGCAGCUGUUCAAGGGGUUGACCUGUUUGCACUCCAUCGGCAUGAUCCAUCGCGACCUCCACGCUGAGAAUGUGCUGAUCGCGCGCGAGGGGGCUGAAGUGUCCACCUGCCCAAGCGCUGUGAAGAUUAUCGACGUAGGAUUGGCCAAGAUUUCGGAGCUGCUUGAGCCGUCCGUGAUGUCUGUGCAGGGUGUAGGCCCUGCCUGGUACUUCUCGCCCGAGCGCCGGGCCGGAGAGGCUUUCGAUCAUCUGGACGAUGUCUGGGCUGCAGGGUGCAUGCUGGCGGAGAUGAUCAUCGGCGAGGGCCGCUACAUCCAGGACUGCCCCUCCCACGGCCCCGGCGGCAUCGACUUCUCCACGCGGCCCGAGGCGGUGGAGGAGCUGCUGCGCCGCUGCGCGGCGAAGUCGGGCGGCGAAGUCGGCCGUCUCGGGCGGGCGCCGCGGGAGGCGCUGGCGAGGAAGGCGAGCCGCGCCGAUGCGGCACGGAUGGCCGAGUUGCUGGAAGUGGCAAAAAGGAGUGUGCGGGGGAAAGUGGGCGAGAAAGUGGGCCAGUUGGGGAGAAGUUGCAAGAAGGAAGGAGUGUGCGGGGGAAAGUGGGCGAGAAAGUGGGCCAGUUGGGGAGAAGUUGCAAGAAGGAAGGAGUGUGCGGGGGAAAGUGGGCGAGAAAGUGGACUACGGAGUGGGGUGCGAUAG